AUGGAGAGUAUGUUUCGUUUGAUGGAUCACGAGGACUCACCAACGACUAGCCGGUGCAUUUGGGUCAACGGACCGGUCAUCGUCGGAGCAGGACCGUCGGGAUUAGCAACGGCGGCUUGUCUCCGGGAACAAAACGUUCCUUUCGUUGUUCUUGAAAGAGCAGAUUGUAUUGCUUCUCUAUGGCAAAAACGUACUUACGACCGUCUCAAGCUUCACUUACCUAAACAGUUUUGUCAAUUACCCAAAAUGCCCUUCCCGGAAGACUUCCCGGAGUACCCGACCAAACGUCAGUUCAUCGAUUACCUCGAGUCUUACGCCUCACGGUUCGAAGUCAACCCAAAGUUCAACGAGUGUGUGCAGAGCGCUCGGUUCGAUGAGACCAGUGGCUUGUGGCGAGUCAAGACCGUGUCGAACGUUGAGUCGACUCGGACAGAAGUCGAGUAUAUUUGCCGCUGGCUUGUGGUGGCUACCGGAGAGAAUGCGGAGAGACUGAUGCCGGAGAUUGAAGGACUUUCUGAGUUUACCGGCGAAGUAAUUCACGCUUGCGAUUACAAAUCCGGCGAGAAGUUCGCCGGAAAGAAAGUGCUUGUCGUCGGUUGUGGAAACUCCGGCAUGGAAGUUUCUCUUGACUUAGCUAACCACUUCGCUAAACCUUCCAUGGUCGUUAGAAGCUCGGUUCAUGUGAUGCCAAGAGAACUAAUGGGAAAAUCAACGUUUGAGCUUGCAAUGACGAUGCUAAAAUGGCUGCCUUUGUGGCUCGUAGACAAACUAUUGUUGGUUUUGAGUUGGGUCGUAUUAGGAAACAUCGAGAAAUACGGUUUAAAACGACCAGAGAUGGGUCCAAUGGAGCUAAAGAGCGCGAAAGGCAAAACUCCGGUGCUUGACAUCGGAGCUUUAGAGAAGAUCAGAUCAGGAAAGAUCGAUGUAGUUCCAGGGAUCAAAAGGUUUAACGGAAACAGAGUCGAACUAGUUAAUGGAGAACAACUCGACGUGGACUCAGUUGUACUAGCUACUGGUUAUAGAAGCAACGUACCAUAUUGGCUACAAGAGAGUGAGUUCUUUGCAAAGAAUGGUUUCCCGAAAACAGCGGUUGGAAACAGCGGAUGGAAAGGAAGAACAGGGUUGUAUGCGGUUGGGUUUACGAGGAGAGGGCUUUCAGGUGCGUCAAUGGAUGCGGCUAAGAUCGCACAAGACAUAGGUUCUGUUUGGAAACUCGAAACAACACAACCCACAAAACGCUCUAUGGGUUCUCUUAGAAGAUGUAUCUCUCAACAGUUCUAA